AUGUCAAACAUCGGCAACGUCAUCGGCGGCCACAAGGCCAACCUCCACAACCCCAACACCUCUGAGAAAUCCAAGCAGCACUCUCUCGAAGUCAUCGAGAAGGAGCUCGGUACUGAGGCCAACACCGGCACCGACGCUGCUGCUCACAACGACGAUGGCAAGGACCCCAUGAGAGUUGCUGCCGGCCUCAAGGCUGCUCUUCACAACCCCAACGUCUCUGACGAUACCAAGGAGCACAUCCAGGAGCGUCUUGACGACAUGAACUAG